ACGUGUUUGAUUUUGAUGUGUUCACAGGCACUAGCGGCAUUCUGCGCGUGCGGCGCCCUGGCCGCACCGGCCGGUCAGCAGCACACGAUCGUACCGAUUCUAAAACAGGUGAACCGACAGAACGAGGACGGUUCGUACAGUUACGGUUACGAGAACGCUGACGGAACAUACAAGAUCGAGACCAAGUACCCGUCGGGCGAGGUGUACGGCAAGUACGGUUACGUGGACGAGAGUGGCAAACUGAGGACGGUCGAGUACGGCGCGUCAGCUCGCGGCUUCGAGCCUGUUGGCACCGACAUCACUGUUCCUCCACCUGUUCUCGGUGUGGACACCAACGACCUGCACAGGGAACAGUCUUCGAGGUCGCAGGACGACUACGAUGACGGACAGUACCGCGAGGACCCGAGCAUAUACUACAAGACGUCAUCGUCUUCUUCGUCGUCGUCGUCGUCAGACAACCAUCACCAGCAGCAACUGAACCACCACCAGCAGCAACUCCAGCACCACCAGCAGCUUCAGCAACAGCAAUUGCGAUCGCUGCAACAGCAGGCACCCGUAGCCGCCAGACAACAGCAGUGGUUCUCCGCGGGCCCGCAACAGAAGAUCAGGCCCGACCUCGACCAGUUCCAAUCUCAUCCUGCGGUGCACAACUUCGACCCCGCGUCCGGAUCGUUCUCCAUCUCGUACACGGGRAAGUGACCGAUAACGUCAAAUAGAGUAUCAUAAUCAUUUGUACUCAUUUUUACUAUUAUUAAUUUUUGUACGAUUUUUUYCCUUUGCUAUUAUAAUAUUGUAUUGUAAGU